AUGUCACACAGAUAUUAUGAGAAUAUGAAAGUGGAUAGAAUAUACGUGAAACAAUACUUGCAGCCGCCACGACCAGUGUCUUACUAUCCUAUAGAAGACAGUGACGAUUCCGAUAAUCUACGAACGAAAAGAAAAGCAACGUCUUUUUUGAACGUCCACAAUAACUACGAACAUCCAGGAAGUUUACUUCGCGUUGAUCGAGAAACGAGACUUCGCCACGAAAAAGAAAAUCUUGAGGCAGAAAUCGAAGAGCUCAAGAUGCGAAAUCAACGUCUUGUCGAACAACUUCGGGAGAAAAGCGUUCAAUUUAGCAAGCUACAGUUUCACGCUCAAAAGCUAGAUGAGCAGAUAGACGCACUUAGCCAAAGAUGUGCUCUUAGCGCAGCAUUAGACAAACUUACCCUGGAUGAUCGUCUCGUCAGAGGAUCUCUGGCUGCUCUCGAAAAGUUUACAAAUCCAUUUUAUUUAUAUCCAAGGGAUGUCAUGACUAAUGGCUUUGAAGACAAAAAAUUACAGAUUGAACAACGUCUACGCCAAUUCCAGAAUCAGGUGCAAAGUAUCAAGCUGGAUGCUGCUAACAUUCAGCAAAAGACUCUCAAUGGUCUGGCGCUUGAGCGAAGUGCUCAUCAGGCAUGUCUUGAACGACUAGAAAAUCUUCAGAAAGAGAACUUUGCGCUGAUGCAAAGCCGAUAUCUAGAAUCCGGUUGUGACGACGCCGUAUGGCAACGAAAAAUAGACGCGUUGCCUUCGUACGAAAAAUUGUACUCCUUCACACAAAAUGCUGUACGGAAAUUUUCGGAUCUCAAAUGGGCACUGUUAGAUCGGGAGCGGGAAGCUGGC